CUUCAUAAAACCUCUCCAAUUUCACCAUUCCCAUAACCCCUCAUUCUCUCUCCAUUAUGGCUUCCGACAGCCAGGUGACUCUAUCCCCGCCCCAUUCCCUUCUCCCCCUCCCAGUCCCACCGCACGCCUUCCAAAACGACGUCGCUCCGCCCGCCUUCUCCGUCGGGACCUUCCUCCGCCAGCGCAGCACCCACCUCUCCGCCGCCAUCGUCAAGCGCGUCUCCUCGCUCCGCCAAUCCCUCCAAGACGAUCACCACAAUCGCCAAGUCACCGAGUUCAACCUCUCCGGCGUCAAGGUCGUCGCCACGCCGAAGCCGGAGAAGGAACCGUCGCCAAAAGGACGCGUCACCUUCUUCUCGAGGUCCCACUGCAGAGACUGCACCGCGGUGCGGAGCUUCCUCAAGGAGAAGCGAUUGCGCUUCGUCGAGAUAAACGUCGACGUUUUCCGCGAGCGGGAGAGGGAGCUGCGAGAGAGGACGGGGACCGCCUCCGUACCGCAGAUUUUCUUCAACGAGACCUUCAUCGGAGGCCUCGUCGCGCUCAACUCGCUUAGGAACAGCGGCGAGUUCGACCGGAGGGCGGCGGAGAUGCUCGCCGGGAAGCUCGCCGGCGACGACGCGCUGUUGCCGCCGGCGUACGGCUUCGAUUGCCCCGAGGAGGAUCGCGCCGACGAGUUGGUUGCGGCGGUUAGGGUUUUGCGGCAGAGGUUGCCGAUUCAGGACCGGUUGAAGAGGAUGAAGAUGGUUAAGAAUUGCUUCGAAGGGAACGAGUUGGUGGAUGCGCUCGUUCACCACUUCGAUUGCGCGCGUAACGAGGCUGUUGAAAUCGGGAAAGAAUUGUCCAGGAAGCACUUCAUACAUCAUGUUUUCGGGGAAAAUGAUUUUGAGGAGGGAAAUCACUUAUAUCGUUUCCUUGAGCAUGAACCCUUUAUCCCCAGAUGCUUUAAUUUUCGCGGUAACACAAAUGAUAAUGAGCCAAAGGCUGCAGCUGCAAUAUGCUUGAGGCUUACCAAGAUUAUGUCUGCCAUUCUUGAGUCUUAUGCCUCUGAUGAUAGGCAACAUGUUGAUUAUGAGGCCAUUAGUAAAAGCGAAGAAUUUCGUAGGUACGUAAAUAUGACUCAGGAUUUGCAGCGAGUGAAUCUUUUGGAACUAUCAGAAAACGAGAAGCUUGCUUUCUUCUUAAAUUUAUAUAAUGCUAUGGUCAUCCAUGCUGUUAUUAGCGUAGGGUGUCCAGAAGGUGUAAUUGAUAGGAGAUCCUUCUUCAGUGAUUUCCAGUAUUUGAUUGGAGGGCAUCCUUAUUCUCUAAAUAUUAUUAAAAAUGGUAUUCUUAGAUGCAAUCGGAGGUCACCAUACUCCUUAGUAAAGCCCUUUAGCACAGGAGACAAGCGGUUAGAGGUUGCUCUUGUCAAGUUUAAUCCUUUAUUUCAUUUUGGACUUUGUAAUGGUACAAAGUCCAGCCCAAAGGUUAGGUUCUUCUUACCACAUAGAGUUGUAGAUGAAUUAAGAGGUGCUGCAAGAGAGUUCUUUGAGAACGAUGGAAUUGAAGUGGACCUGGAGAAGAGAACUGUUCAUCUUACUAGGAUUUUCAAGUGGUUCAGUGGGGAUUUUGGACAAGAGAAAGAAAUAUUGAAGUGGAUAAUUAAUUACUUGGAUCCAAAUAAUGCCGGUCUUGUGACACAUCUCUUGGGAGAUUAUGGACCAGUUUAUGUCUCUUACCAGAAUUAUGAUUGGUCAAUAAAUUCUUGAGUAGUGGUAAACCAUUUUGAUUCAACCACUGAAUAUACGGUAUGUUUAUUGGACCUGUACCAGGUUUUGGCAUCUUAUCUUAUUCCGACCAAAUAGGAGAGAGAAUUUGAGUGAUAUGAUACCGAAGCAGAUAAUUAUAGAUGUUAUAUCACUUUUGCACACGUGCAGAAACUCUAGAGUCUAGAUCAUACAUACAGUUUUAAUUGAGAUUUUUCAUUCAGAAAGAAAAAGUUGUGGGUAUUUAUAGAUACAAAUUCUUAGGUAGGAGCAGAUUCUAUAGAGAAUUGGCUUAUGGUGACGCUGUAGACCGCUUCCGAGUUGUGGAAUGUCGUCCUGGACUUGUUCUCCAUCUGGUAUUAAAUUCAUACAAUUCU